CCCGAAACUUACCUCCAUCGACCCGACCGCAGCAAGUGAGGGCGCAGGAAAUUGUUGCCUCAAUUCGUCGUCAAUCCGCCUCUCCAUUCCGUAACAGCCCUGCAAGAUGCAUCCCUCGCAGUCGCUCCGCAUGUUCCAGCCGACGCGCCGGCUCAUGCGCCCGGUUCCCAAGGAGGAGCAAGCCGCCCACACCGUCUCGCAGCGUCUUCGCCGCCUGAAGAAGAUCCCCCCGGAGCUGUUCCCUCUCGGUGUCGUCGUUGGUUUUGCCCUACUGGCCGCCGGCUACUCCAGCCUACGACACUUCAUGACCGACAGGACCAUCCGCCUGAAGCGCCAGAACCGCGCCGCCGAUAAGCACGAGGGCGCUCACCACUCGGACCACUCGGACCAGCACUCGGAGGAGAAGAAGGAGGCUUCGCACUAAGGGAGGAGGAUGUGAGAUCGGCAAGAAACGUGCAGCACAGGAUGUAGGCACCGCCCGGGAGACUUGGGAGUGAGGACAGGCUUCAACGUGUUGCUUUGCCCCGCGCGCCGGGUAUUUGCGCCUGUUCGUGAAGAUUUGUUGCCGUUUUCAUAUCACCCGUCUUGGUUGGCAAUACAUAUAGGUGGCAUAUCAGAGGCAUGCCCCGAGUUCAAGUGCCUGUUCAAUGUGAAUCCGUUCCCGGCACACUAAAAACGCCAAUCCAACGCCUUUGCUAUGCAGUACAAGAAAAGUAGAAUGCCCCGAGUCCGUUACUCGGCGCGUGGACCUG